AUGCAGAGGAUGAUGGCCGCGUUCGAGGGCCUCGGUACCCGGUCGACAUCGACGACGACGACCUCUGAGAGGCCGUGUCUCGUCGACACGAAAGGGAUCGGGAAACCACAGCCGCUGCGCGGCGACAACUGGCCCUCCUUCUGCUUCAAGUACAUGAAUUUCAUAUCCAGCAUGUACCCGACUGCGCGAGACCUCCACGAGUGGGCGCAGAGCCACGAGGACACGAUCCGAGUCAUCGAGGAGGCGAAGCAGAUCGACCCCGACGCAGAGCGCAUCCAGAACCAGCUGUACACCGUGCUGGCGCAGCUGGUAGAGGGCGAGUCCGAAGAGAUCGUGCGCAACUGCGAGAGCCACAAGUACCGCGGCUUCGAGAGCUGGAGGAGGUUGGUCCGGCGCUGGGACCCCAUGAACUUGGGGCGCAAGAGGUCCAUCCUCAUGCGGGUUCUGAACCAGCCAGAGCAGAAGUUGGAGAACCUCAGCAGCGCCAUCGAAGCAUGGACGCAGGAUAUCACCCGAUACCAGCAGAGGGCCAAGAAGACGAUUGACGACGAUAUCAAGACAGCCGUCUUGAUUUCCAUGUGCCCGAACCCACUGAAGCAGCACUUGCAGUUGAACCAAAACCGGUUUGACUUCUACGACGACGUCGUGGAAGAGGUCACCCAGUACCUGGAGACUCGCCGGGCCGGCCAGCUCGACAAGCCAGUGCCGAUGGACAUCGGCAGCCUACAGAAGGGCGCCGGCAAAGGCAAGAGCAAAGGCAAGGGCAAGGACGCGGGCAAGGCGUCUGGCGGCAAGGGCAAGCAGCCUUUCCAGGGCUACUGCAACAAGUGCUGGGAGUGGGGCCACAUGGGCAAGGACUGCACGAGCGGCAAAGGCCGUGACGCCGACAUCAAGCCAUGCGGCGUGUGUGGCAAGAAGGGGCACGCGAGCAAGGACUGCUGGCACGCGAACACGGGCAAGGCCAGCAAGGGCGCGCCGAAAGGCAGCAAGGGCGGCAAGACGAAGAAAGGCGGCAAGAAGGGGCUUCACGGCAUGGAGACGUCUGGGGACUACGAGGACCAGCCGGAGCCGGAAGUGGGGGGCCUCGAGCUCUGCGCGGUGGAGAGGGCCGCGCAGGGCACUGGGCUGUUCGACGACAUCUUCCGGACGGCGCUCGAGAGCCUGGACAGCGCCUUCAGCGGAGUGGGAGACUCCGCCCCCGAGCCGCCGGCAGUCUGCGCGGGUAGACCCGCCGACGUGCCAGAGCCGACUGAGAAACGCGCACCAGUCAAGGAGGAAGGAUUGGAGGUGUUGGGUCUUUACUCACCGAAGUAUGACCAGGAGUAUGAGGUGAUAGAAGCAGCCGUGGACAGCGGCGCCGGAGUCACCAUCAUGCCAGAGGAGAUGUGCAGCGACCACCCUAUCGACCCCGACGGGAGCGGCAUCGAGUACAACGCAGCAGGGGGCCAGACGGUCACCGACAAGGGCCAGAGAAAGUUGCAGGUCGUGACAGAGACGUGGCAGCAACGGUCCAUGAAGAGCCGCGUCGGGCCGGUCCGCCGCAUGCUGCUUGCUGCCAGUGAUCUCGUGGACCACGGAACCGGGACACCUCUCAAUCGCGCCAACGGGAUAUUCCUCAUGAAGUUGUGGGAAAAGAAGAACAGCGCGCCUAAACAGCAAGGCGCCGAGGCCGCAACGAACCCGAUGGAGAUAGACCAGAUGAUCGCAGCGCUCCAGAAGCUAAUCAGCACCGGGGGCACGGAGGUGCCCACGGGGAGCGUGGUCGAGUCGAAGGUCGCUGAAUCCAUGGGUUUCUUCCGGCAGGUCCCGGUGGAGGAGGAGUUCAGUUGUAAAAUCUGCACUCCAAUGAGGUCGCCUUGCGACCCGACACCGAAAGAGGUGGAGGAGCACGAAGCGUCGCAACACUUGCCGUUUCGGUCUUGGUGCCCAGACUGCGUGAAGGGGCGCGGGGCAGCGACGGCCCACGCAGACCUCGCAGCAGAACUAGAGCACGAGACGCCGACGAUCUCCACUGACUACUUCUUCUUGGGUGGUUCUGACCAGCAGGCACUCGCAUGCCUGGCGAAAGUGGACCACAAGACCCGCCUAAAGACUGCGCGGGUGGUUCCCCAGAAAGGGUCCCAUGAGGCUGUAAUCAAGCAGGAAGCCCGUGAUAUCAAGAACUGGGGAAGGACGAAGUUCAUAUAUAAGUCAGACCAAGAGAGCCCAAUAACCGCAAUGAAGGACGGUGUGAUCGCCCAGCUGGGGACGGACUUCGAGGUCAUCCCAGAACCUUCUAAGGUUGGAGAGUCACCGAGCAAUGGCACGAUCGAAAGAGCCAUACAAGCCAUCUCUGGGAUGGUCAGAACCCUGAAGGUGGCGACAGAGAGAGCGUUCAAGAUCACUCUUGAUCCCCGGUCGAACAUUCUGCACUGGCUGGUGCAGUUCGCUGGUUUCUCGUUGUCCAGGUACGAGCAGGGCGCCGACGGCAGGACGCCGUACGAGCGUGCAAAGGGCAAGCGUUUCAAGCUUGGCCUCCCAACCUUCGGGGAGAAGGUCUUCUAUAGGAGACUUCGGAGCGACAGCGGCCGUCUGAACAAGCUUGACCCCAAGUGGUUGGAAGGAGUGUUCCUGGGGUGUAGAGAUGAUGUCCCGGAGUUCUUCAUCGGUACGAAGGACGGCGUGGGCAGGUCGGCAGACAUUCGUAGGCUGCCGCCGAGCAGCCGUUACGAUGCGGAGGCGCUCUUAGCCGUCAAGGGAACGCCGUUGGACCCUGUCCCAGGAGACACAGCAGCGACGCUGCCAGCGUCGUCAGGGCUCGUGGUCAUCGAUGUCCCAGAGCCAUCAAUGGUGCCACCAGAUCCUCCGAGACAUGAACCAGAGGUCUUGUCGAAAAAGCGCGUGUACAUCACGAAACAAGAUCUCAAGAGGCAUGGCUGGACACGAGGGUGUCCGCGCUGCGAGGCGGACAUGAGUGGUCAGAAGACGACCCUGCACCACACGGAGGGAUGCAGGAGGCGCCUGGAGGAAGCAAUCGGGAGAACUGACCAGGGCAAGAAACGCCUCCGAGAGGCCGACGAACGGAUCACCGAAGCCUUGGCCGACCAUGUCCGGAGACAGGUGGAGGCCCAGCAGCCCGAGCAGGGCGCGGGAAGCUCCGCACCUGCGAGCAAAGCACCACGGGCUGGCAGAGUCGCGGGAAGAACCGCACCUGCCGCGGCAGCAGGGCCGGUAGCAGGGAGCGCGGGUAGUUCCGCCCCCGCUUCCGGGGCCCAGCCGGCAGACGCCGACAUGCCGCAACCAAGCUUACCUAUGGCAGUAGACGCGGGUAGCACCGCCCCUGCCAGUGUCCUGGGCGGCGACGCCAUGCCCAUGGAGGACACGAGGCCAAAACGGAAGGCCGAGACAAGUGCUGAGGUGGACUUCCUCAGCACGGCCCUGCGGGAGUUGGGCGCCCUGGAGGCGCCUGACUGCACAGCCAGACAGACCACCUCGGAGUGGUUAGGGUGCACGGGGGGCCGCGUGUUUGACAUCAGGAGAGUGGACCCUGAUGACGGCAGUUCCUGGGACUGCAGCCUUCCAGCGAAGCAGCGGAAGGAGAUUCUCAGGCAGGACCGGGUGUACCUCGGGAGAGCGAAGGGUGUAUGUUGGUUGUCCAACGGAAAAGAGCUAGCAGGCCGCAUGGCAUCCCUUCUUCCAGGACAGCCGGCCGACACAGCUGUCGUCCAGGGCCUCGAGGCACAGCUCAGAGCAGACGGGAGGAUCAAACCUCUUUUCGCUUGUCCCCUGGAGCCGGAGGAGGACUUGCACGAAUACCCUUCCAUGGGUGAUUGGUGUGAUCAUUCGACGGAACAGUAUGUAGACGACGUAUCAGGUUGUGUGCUUGAUCCCACGUUCGUGAAAGGGGCCCGCGAGGCCGAGUUGAGAGAAGUUGAUGACUUCAAGGUGUACAAGUGGGCUCCUGUGGAAGAGGCCGUGCAAGUAACAGGAAAGAAACCGAUUGGCGUCCGUUGGUCUGACACCAACAAAGGAAACCAUAACAACCCCAACUACCGGAGCCGCCUCUGCGCCAAGGAGCUCAAGGUCAAAGAUCCCGGAAAAGAGGGGACUUUCGCAGCGACACCGCCGCUCGAGGCGUUGCGCUUCCUAUGCUCCUUGAUGAUGACCGCGCCUGGAGGGGAGGACGCGGAGGCGCAGCAGCGCGGAGACACGUUGUUGUUGUUCAUGGACGCUACACGUGCCCAUUUCCACAGGCCCACGGAUGAGCUGAUCUACGUGGAGGUGGAAGAGCAGAUACGGCAGCACAUCAAGAUGAAGAAAACUGGCUUGCUGGGUCCGGGGCCCCACGACGACAAGGAAGUCCGAUGCUUGAAUCGAAUCAUUCGGCUCGACACUGCAAGGGAUUGUCUUGAGUGGGAGUGCGAUCCAAGGCACGCACAGAUCACAGUCGAGCAGAUGGGUCUCCGGAAGGACUCCAAAGGAGUGGUGACUCCUGGUGUUUCUACCGCAGUGCCGGACCCAAAGGACGAUCCAGUUCUCGAUAGAAGUGCAGCCACCCUCUUCCGUGCAGUGACCAUGAGGACAGCGUACCAAUCAAUAGAUCGACCAGAGUUGCUAUAUCCAGCCAAGGAGGCAGCAAGGGCGAUGCAGAACCCGACGAGAAGCGCGCUGGAGAAGAUCAAAAGGAUCGCUCGCUAUCUCGUGUCGGCGCCGCGGGUCGUGCAGGUGUUUCACCGUCAGCCGGAGCAAAGCAAGCUGAUUCAGUACACUGACACGGACCAUGCCGGGUGUAAGGUCACUCGCAGGUCAACUUCUGCAGGGACAACAAUGCACGGCAGCCACAUGUUGGCAGCGUAUUCUACGACGCAGAAGCCGAUAGCCACUUCUUCUGGAGAGUCGGAGUACUACGGCAUGUUCAAGGCCGGGUCGCGCCUUGUGGGAAUGGCCCUCAUGGCCAAGGACUACGGCUUGACAUACAAGGCCGAGCUCCGGGCAGAUGCUUCUGCAGGCAUCGGCAUAGCAUCGAGGCGUGGCAUUGGCAAGAUACGCCACCUGCACACGCAGGCACUGUGGCUACAGCAAGCAGUGGCCGAUAAGCGCCUGAGCGUUGUGAAGACCAAGGGAGAGAGCAAUCCAGCCAAUCUUCCCACGAAGCACGUCGACGGGAAGACGAUGUGGCAGCAUCUGGCAGACCUCGGUUUCGAGCUCCGGAGUGGCCAGAGCAAGCUCGCCAUUGAAGUGGCGAGGGAUGCGUAA